GCAAAGCAUGCAGUAUUUAUGAGAAUUGCCACACGAAACCUUUUAUUAAAUUCGCGCUUUUAUAACCGUAUCAGAUCGCAAUUUUGUGUGCGGUGUUGGGCAUACUUUGAAUCGAUGUUUUUUCCGGUUUUAUUCUUUCAGGAAUGUUACGGCUAGAAGGAUUGAGUGAAGAGUUUUAGAGCUGUUGGGAUAGUGAUAUUAAGACGUCAUAAAUUAAUCUAAAUUAUUCCAUUCGUAGUUUUUUCUUAACGUAAUGAGCAGGUAUGUUUUUCGUACCUAGCGGAGCGGAUAUGUUUGCGAGGGCAAGGGACGCGAAAGCAGCUACGAAGGCGGUGGCAGAAGUCUUUUGCAAAACCGGUUUUGCGGUUGCCGAAUGCUGCAGCCUGCCGCACGCCUCGUUGUCCCAAACCAAGCCGGCAUUGUUGCCUUGGAGGCAUACCGCUCCCUCCCCUCCCUUGCCGCGUUUGGGAAAAAGAAGGAAAUAAAGAUGGCAAACUUGACCUUGGACGCGGCGUCACGGGAUUUGGGCUGCGGCCAGGCGCCGGUCCGUGCCGAGCCGCAGUUUCUAUUCGGCGUCCCUCGGGUGGUUCCGCGCGCCUUCGGCCGCCCCCUUCCCCGGCAGGGCUGUACUUCCCCGCCUUUCCCCUACUGCGAGGAGGUUUCUGGAGCGCCUGCGGGUUGCACCAGUGGUCGGGUGACGUUUGUCGUAUUAUCGCUGUUUGUUUUGGCUUCGGUCGAAGUGCGGGCGGAACCCUUCAACUCCUGCGGUCUCUUCUCGCGAGUUUUCCGCAACGUUAGUUUCAGGUGCGCCGCAAUGACCGAGCUUCACGCCUUGGCGUUGCCGACCAGGUGACAAGUUCCGCCUGGUGCUGGCGACCACGCUGAAGGAGAGCGGCUACCCGGACAGCGGCGAGUGGAACCCCAUGGACACGGAGGG